GUCACGGAGCGCUUAAGAGGAGGGUCCGGCUCGCCCGGGGAGCCCCAGUGGCGGAGGCUGCGAAAGUUGGGGGAACGUGCAGGAGGAACUCCGGGAGCGCACGCGGACCAGGCUGCGACUCGGGGCGCCGGUCCCGGCAGGGGGAGCAGGAGCCAGCCGGGUAGGGUGCAGCCUGAGGCUUGCUCAGCAGAACAGGUGCAAACCACAUUGUUGCCAGGACCUGCCUGAAGCCGGAUUCUCCCCACUCCCUCCUUCAACCCCUCCUCUUCCUCAUCCUUGUGGGGCUGCCCCCCCACACACAUGAGGGUAGAUAGAUGCCCUGUAUCCAAGCCCAAUAUGGGACAUCAGCACCGAGCCCAGGACCCCAUGAUCACCUGGCAAGCGACCCCCUGACCCCUGAGUUCAGCAAGCCCACCAUGGACAUGGCCAGCCCCGAGGCGGUCCCUGCGGCCCCCACUGCCCUGCCCAGCUUCAGCACCUUCAUGGAUGGCUACGCAGGAGAGUUCGACACCUUCCUCUACCAGCUGCCGGGAACGGCCCCGCCAUGCUCUUCGGCCUCCUCCUCGGCCUCCUCCACGUCCUCCUCCUCGGCCACCUCCCCUGCCUCCGCCUCCUUCAAAUUUGAGGACUUCCAGGUGUAUGGCUGCUAUCCCGGCCCCCUGAGCGGCCCACUGGAUGAGACCCUAUCCUCCAGCGGCUCUGACUACUACGGCAGCCCCUGCUCUGCCCCGUCGCCGUCCACACCCAGCUUCCAGCCGCCCCAGCUCUCUCCCUGGGAUGGCUCCUUCGGCCACUUCUCGCCCAGCCAGACUUACGAAGGCCUGCGGGCAUGGACAGAGCAACUGCCCAAGGCCUCUGGGCCCCCACAGCCGCCAGCCUUCUUUUCCUUCAGUUCCCCCGUCGGCCCCAGUCCCAGCCUGGCCCAGAGCUCCCUGAAGCUGUUCCCCUCACAGGCGGCCCACCAGCUGGGGGAGGGAGAGAGCUAUUCCGUGGCCACGGCCUUCCCUGGCUUGGCGCCCCCUUCCCCACACCUUGAUGGCUCGGGGAUCCUGGAUGUGUCUGUGACCUCGGCCAAGGCCCGAAGCGGAGCCCCCGGUGGAAGCGAGGGCCGCUGUGCUGUGUGUGGGGACAAUGCGUCGUGCCAGCAUUAUGGUGUCCGCACCUGUGAGGGCUGCAAGGGUUUCUUCAAGCGCACAGUGCAGAAAAACGCCAAGUACAUCUGCCUGGCUAACAAGGACUGCCCUGUGGACAAGAGGCGGCGAAACCGUUGCCAGUUCUGCCGCUUUCAGAAGUGCCUGGCUGUGGGCAUGGUGAAGGAAGUUGUUCGGACAGACAGCCUGAAGGGGCGGCGGGGCCGGCUACCUUCAAAACCCAAGCAGCCCCCGGAUGCCUCCCCUGCCAACCUCCUCACCUCCCUGGUCCGGGCACACCUGGACUCGGGACCCAGCACUGCCAAGCUGGACUACUCCAAGUUCCAGGAGCUGGUGCUACCGCGCUUUGGGAAGGAGGAUGCCGGGGACGUGCAGCAGUUUUACGACCUGCUCUCUGGCUCCCUGGAGGUCAUCCGCAAGUGGGCCGAGAAGAUCCCUGGCUUUGCCGAGCUGUCUCCGGGGGACCAGGACCUGCUGCUGGAGUCAGCCUUCCUAGAGCUCUUCAUCCUCCGCCUGGCCUACCGGUCUAAGCCGGGUGAGGGGCAGCUCAUCUUCUGCUCAGGCCUGGUCCUACACCGGCUGCAGUGCGCGCGUGGCUUUGGCGACUGGAUUGACAGCAUCCUGGCCUUCUCGAGGUCCCUGCACAGCUUGGUUGUCGACGUCCCUGCCUUUGCCUGCCUCUCUGCUCUCGUCCUCAUCACCGACCGGCAUGGGCUGCAGGAGCCCCGACGGGUGGAGGAGCUGCAGAACCGCAUCGCCAGCUGCCUGAAGGAGCACGUGUCGGCCAUGGCCGGUGAACCUCAGCCGUCCAGCUGCCUGUCGCGUCUGCUGGGCAAACUGCCCGAGCUGCGGACCCUAUGCACCCAGGGCCUGCAACGAAUCUUCUACCUCAAGCUGGAGGACCUGGUGCCCCCUCCACCCAUCAUCGACAAGAUCUUUAUGGACACGCUACCCUUCUGACCUCUACCCAGGAACACACGUGCACACAUGUGUGCGUGCACUGUCAUAUGCCACCCCACGUGCCUUUAACCCACGGACCCCCAGAGCACCCUCCCUGCCACCGGGCUCGAGCGGCAGACCGAAGAGGCAGGCAGGGAGCUCGAGUCCUGGGGGGAGAGUACAUACAUGGGGGGGACCCCACUAUUUGUCUUACCCCCCUCCAACCCAUCCCUGGCCUUCAUGUUUUUUUGUAAGAUAAACCGUUUUUAACACACCGCUGUGCUGUACAUAAGCCGAAUGCUGUUGUAAAUACAGGAAGGAAGAGGUUGAGGUGGGAGUGGGGGUUGGAAGGAGGGUUAGGGGCCCCUGAAGCCCAGUGAACCUUCCCAGCUUCCUCCUCCUGUUCUCUUCCUCCCCUCCUUCCACGUGUACAUAAACCAUCACUCUAAGGAAGAAGACAAAUGACAGAUUCUGACAUUUAUAUUUGUGUAUUUUCCUGGAUUUAUAGUAUGUGACUUUUCUGAUUAAUAUAUUUAAUAUAUUGAAUAAAAAAUAGACAUGUAGCUGAAA